UCAUUCAUAAAAGAAUCCCGCGGCGGUGGGGCCGGGGGCGGCUCGGGCGCUGCGAGGGCCAGCGGGGGCUGCAUGGAGGGCUUCCCAAGCUGGAAUUAGCGGGGAUGGGAUCGUAAAAUCCGGGAGCGCUGCGAUGCUCCGCUCCUGCGGGGCGGCUGGAGAUGGAAGCGGAGGGAGCCGGGGUUUCGUGCCGGGCUGAGGAGGUGUUGGAGCCCGUAGCUCCCGCUCUGCGAGGCGCCUGAGCUGUCGCUGCAGCCGAGACUCGGCGGGUAACGAUGCGGCUGUGAGCGCUGGGAGCUGUGGUGCCCGGCUGGAGGCAGGGGGGAAGGCGGCUUUGCGGAGCGGUUCUUCUGCUUCGGCUGCUGAUGCGCCUCCCUGGGUGCCGCUUUUAUCGCUGCUUACAAAUUCCCACGUGUCCGUGCAGGUUUAAGCCUCGUCCAUUGAGGAAAAUAAAACCGCUGGAGAAGGAAUCGGCAGAAAUACCCGAUAGGUUUCUGUUUUAAAAAUUGUUGGGCUUGCUCGGUUUCCAUGUAAUUUAUCUACGAGAGCCAAUUUGUGCAAGAGGAUCCAGUUAGAGAAGCGCCAAGGCUAUGAGAGAACGCAGCCUGCGGAGCCUCGGUGGACGCGUCCUGUAUGUAGGGCUGCUCAGACAUCCAGGGAUGCUGCACAGGGCUAAGUACAGCCGAUUCAGGAAUGAUUCCAUAACAUCCUUAGAGGAAGGUACGCCAAAUACGUCUUUAAAUAUCAAAGGUUCUUCCUCCUCUUCCCAUUCUUCGACACCUAAUUUACUGACGGAAGAUGUCUCUUUGGGGCCACAGGACACCUGCAGCACCCUGUGCACGCUGAUUCCCCGGAUGGCGAACAUUAAACUCGCCAACCCGUCAAAUCUGCCAGGGUUGAAAAGCUUCUGUCUGGGAAUGAAAGAGGUGCCGAGAAUUAAACUCACUGAGUGCGUUACCAUCCCGAGCAGCCCAACUUCACCUGAGAUCAGCUGCCUCUCGGCGUCUUAUCCGCAGCCUGACCUGGACAAGCUGGCCUUAACCCCAAAGCCAGCGGGUGACUGUGCGGUGCGGGGAGCUGAGGAGGCUGGGAGACAGGACAGGAGCCUCGCACAGAGCGGCGAAAGGGCGUGGGAGCCAGGAACAACCUACAGCGUGCGGUACAUGGGCUGUAUUGAGGUGCUGCAGUCAAUGAGGUCCCUGGACUUCGGCACGCGAACGCAAGUCACCAGGGAAGCAAUAAGCCGACUGUGUGAAGCUGUAUCGGGUACAAAUGGAGCUAUAAAAAAGCGAAAGCCUGCAGUGAAGUUUCUGUCUUCUGUACUUGGCAAAAGUAACCUUCAGUUUUCUGGCAUGAAUAUAAAGUUGACCAUUUCAACAAGCAGCCUCACUUUGAUUAAUGUUGACACACAGCAGAUUAUUGCCAACCAUCACAUGCAGUCCAUCUCAUUUGCUUCUGGAGGUGACCCAGAUACAACAGAAUAUGUUGCAUAUGUAGCAAAAGAUCCUGUUAAUCAGAGAGCAUGCCACAUACUGGAGUGCCCCAAUGGGAUGGCGCAGGAGGUGAUAAACACCAUAGGGCAGGCUUUUGAGCUCCGUUUCAAACAGUACCUGAAGAACCCAUCCAGCCUGGUUACGUUUAAUGAAAGUGAGGCAGCAAACAGUAAUGGAUCAGCUGGGAAUUCGCAGGAGAGGGAGGAUCAUGAAUAUUACAAUGAAAUUCCAGGGAAAGAGCCUCCCACUGGUGGAGUGUUAGACAUGCGAAUGAAAGUGCAAACAGACCAAAGAACUAACUGUCUUAUACAGUGCAAAAAGCAGUAUUGCUCGGCAGGCAACCCGACUUUCAUAAGUAUAUAUGAAAACUGCCCAGAAGAGAACAAAACUGUGGGUAAUUGUGGUGAAAUAUCACAGAAGACCAAAAAAGAGGCAAUGGUAUUGAAGCCUGCCUACAAAACAGAUCUUUUUGAUGAUCCGUGUUACAUCAACACACAGACCCUGCUGUCCACAGUCGGUACGGCCCGUGGUGCAGGAACAACACAGAUCCAUGGGAGCCCGCUGCGUCAGGCCAAGUUACCGGAAGCUGUUCAGCAGAGUGCCACGAGCAACACAGCUGGUCUCUGCGUUCUGCCACAAAUAAAGCAGCAACUAAGGAAUGAAGAUUGUUACCAUGGCAAAUUAAACAGGAAAGCAGCAGAGAGCCUCUUAGUCAAUGAUGGAGAUUUUCUGGUGCGAGAGAGCACAACGUCACCCGGCCAAUAUGUCCUCAGUGGACUUCAGGGAGGGCAAGCAAAGCAUCUGCUCUUGGUGGAUCCUGAGGGCAAGGUGAGAACCAAAGACCAUAUAUUUGAUAGCGUGGGUCAUCUUAUUCAGUAUCACAUGGAAAAUAAUUUGCCAAUCGUCUCCUCUGGAAGUGAAGUGAGCUUGAAGCAGCCUGUAAGGAAAGAAAGCAAUGUGGGACACAUGCAAUAUCACAAAUAAGCCCUUGGAUCUCACAAAUCCCAACACAAUUCAUAACUGAAAACUGUACUGAGAACUUUCUCUUACGAAGACAAUUCAAAAAAGUAUAGACUGCACUUUCCGCUGCUGUUACAGGAGAUACCCGUUUGUGUGUGUAUGUAUGAAUAUAUGUAUAUGUGUAUAUCUAUGUAGAUCUAUAGAGAUCAACAAGCAUAGUUAUAUAGAUAUAUAUAAUCUUAACAAAAUUACACCUUCAGAGUGUGAGAUUCAUUUGUGAGAAGGUAUUUUAGACGUGCACAAAUGUCACUUUCAAGGUCAUACUGAAUCAGUAACUAUUUAAAAGCACAAUUAAACCUCUACAUACAAAAACUCACUUGAAUGAACUGCUGGAACAUUAGUAUGUGCCUUUUAGCAUAGAACUAUUGGAAACCAAUAUUAUUUAUACUGAAUUAGUUUUGGGUGGUUAAACAAACAUGUCUAAGCUUUUAACUAUUUGCCAAAACAAAUACGAUUUGAAUACUACUAAAAUGUCACCUGCUUUCGAUAGACACUAACAAUUUCAUUUUGCUUGUAACAGCACUUUACUAGCAAGUAAUAUUUGAAACUAAUAUCGUUCACAGUAUGGAAAGGUUGUCCGUUUCUAAAUCAUUUUUUAUCACUAACUACUCAAAGAUUUGAGAUUAUGAAACAUUUACAAAAUUGAAAUUAAUAUAUGUAAUAUAAUUUUGGAAUAGAACUUGUUAAGGGACAAGCAUGCUAGAUCCUAAUAUUUUUUGUCUUGCAUAUGAUUUUGCUAUUAUUACCAAUUAAUACUGGAGACAUCUCUUUUUAAAGGUAGACUAAAUAUAUUUUCAUUAAUUGCAUAGUUGUUUACAAACUACAGAAGCUGAACAAAACUAAUAAUAACAUUUUGAAAGAAAACUAUUUAAAAGACUGUUUAAACUUUGCAUGUGCCCUUCUUCAGUGUUCUUUCCAAAACAAGAUAUGGUUUUCCCUUUCCUCACGUAGAGUCCAUUUGCUCCUAAACAUGGAAAAAAGUAUUUUAAAGGAAACCUAUGAAUUGUUUUGCCACAAUAAAUACUCUAAAUAUGAACACUCCAAUAUUCAGAGUGAAUAGUGAUUUCCUGGGCUUCCUGUUGAAGAAACAGUCAUUUAAUAUGUAACUGAAGAAAGGCAGGGAGGAAUUUGCGGGAUGAACUGGUAGUCUGGGCGAUGGCCUGAGAAAGUGGUCUCUUUAAGAUAAUGUCUUCUGCAAUGAGCAGGGACAUUCUCUCUGUCUUCCAGCCCACCGGCUCAGUUCCAUAAAGCACACAAUUGUUGUGGAGUUCAGCAGCUGCUGGAAGACUUGACUAUAAAAUAAUACAUUCUGGGUUUUUUUUUGCCUGUGUUCAUGUUCAGUGGGGCAUUAUAGUAAGAGCUCUUUUCUCUAGAAAACAAGAGGAGUCAUAUAAAAUUAUCGAAGACAUUAAGCUUUCUUGGAGUGGAAAAUAUGUAAAGAGCUACACGGAGCUGAAAAAGAAAUCUUUAUUCUUAUCCUCAACUAAUAGGCAUAAAAUGUAUUUCAUUCUUUGAUAAUAACAUGAUUAAAAUACUCAAUUACAUAUACUGAAGCAGUGAGAAGUUUAAAAUAUUAGUAUCUAAUUUCCUUGCUAAUAGUCUGACAUUAUUGAUACCUCAAUCUUUCAGACUCGAAGCUCAAGCUUAUGUCUGUUCUACCCUGUGCAAGGUUUUCACCUGUGAAAAGGCCCCCAGCAAGAGUCCGUGCUCAAGCUUUGUGCCACUGCAAGGAUACUAGGCAAGAAUCUGUAACUGGAAUAUGAAAUCCCUUCAUAGCAUCCUUCCUAUUCUCACAUCUUGCCAAACAUCAUAAUGUAUUUGACAUGACUUUAUUGAGCAAACAAUGGGACAAAAAUAGCUAUUUCUGUGGCAUGUUGAGGGCAGAGAAAGAGCUGCACAGGGCGGGUUUGAUUUUUGCAUCAAAGCUGAGUUUUAUGAUGGGUCAUAGAAGGCAAAUGGGCAGAACUCCAGUCUUAGUACAAAUCAAAGUUACUUGGGACUGGAAUAAUCGUGUUUGGAGUUGUGAUAGUAUGAGGUCAACAUUACAUGAGUUUGCCAGGCGAG